AUGCAGUGUGACUGGAGAGACACCGCUGUCCAAUUGGCUUCCUUGAUUUGCGCUCACAAAGGUAGCAUUGUUGUUUAUACCGGAGCAGGGAUUAGCACGGCAACAAGCAUACCGGAUUACCGUGGAACCAAUGGGUUAUGGAUGUACCAGAAACGGGCCAGAACAUCAGGUCGAUCUCGUUCGCGUCCAAACGGGAACAAAUCGCGUGACUCAAACGUUUUGCCAAAACCGGAAAACACCGGGAAGCUAGAUGCAAUUAAUCCAUGCCUUGGUACUCCCGAACCGACCAGGCGAGUAGAGGUUCACACUAAAUUGCGUUUGCCGGAAGCAACUACUGCCCGACCUACGUUCACGCACAUGGCUAUCAAGGUGCUGGUUGAGCAGGGCUAUGUAAGUCUGCGUCCUGCUGUUUUUUUCCACUGA